GAAAGAUGUGAUGACUGAUAUCAGGAAGGUCCUGGCUGAGAUUUCACACGCAUACCGGUUCAAAGAGCUUGAGAAUGGUCAAGAGCUCACACUCAGCAAGCACAAUGCCCUGAUGGCAGAGUGUGGCAAGAAGGCUGAGAGCCUGGAUGACAUUCUGGCUGGCAUCAAGGGACAGUUGAAUGCUCGAGCCAACCGCGCUAAGAAGUGA